AUGGAGACUCUUGGCGCUGCAGAGGACGUGUUUUAUGAGGAGGAGGAGGAGGAAGUGAACUGCUACGACUUUGAGCCUCUGCCGACGCUGCUGGAGGAUGAGGAGAAUGUGUCCCUUGCUGAUAUUUUGUCACUGCGGGAUAGCUGUCUUACUGAGCAAGAUAUUUGGGCAAUUUGCCUGGAGUGUUGCCAUUCUUUGAAGAGCAUUGCCCAUUCUGCAAUCUUCCAGACACUCUGCAUCACUCCUGACACUUUGGCUUUUAACACCAAUGGCAAUGUAUGCUUCAUGGAACAGCUCAGUGACGAUCCAGAAGGUGCCUUUGUUCCACCAGAAUUUGAUAUCACCGGUAACACUUUUGAGGCACACAUCUAUUCUUUGGGUGCAACACUGAAAGCAGCAAUAGAAUAUAUUGUAGAACCUGAGACAGAAUCAGAAUUUGGACAAGAUCUGCACACUCUACUGGAACAAAUGCAAGAAGAGAAUCCUGAAAAUAGGCCAGAUAUUGAGAGCAUUUUGUCAUUAUGUGAAGAAAAAAUGAAGAUUGCUUCAUCAAGUAAUAUUUGUCGAAGCUUGUCUGCUGUUGGAAGAAGAGUUCUUUCAAUUGAAUCAUUUGGUGCUUCUCAAGAUGUCUGUGAUAACAUGUGGAAGGGAAGAAUGUGUCAGAGGAGUUUGGGAUCUAAAUUAUAUUCAAAUGAGAAAAACAACAUUGCAGGUGAUUCGUCUGCAGUGGAAGAGGUGACGACUGCCUGUCAUAACAACUCUUCUGUAGUUACCAUGGUGACUGGCAGAGAAAGUGGUUUAAAGGAAAUGCAAAUUGAUCUGAAUAAUGAGAAAACUCAACAUUCACAACUUGCAACUCAAACUGAAAAGAGCAAAGAAGAGGACAAACACACAGUGUACACUGACAGUUUUGCUAGUGUUGCUUUGGAUAUAAAAUCCUGUGUUAUUGACCUGGAGAGAGAUUGCCUUUUUAAGAAAGGUUCUUUGAGAAAAAUGAAAACCUUUCCAAAGCUAUCCCUCGAACUUGCAGAUACAAAUAACUUUUUUACUUCGGUAACCAACAGUGUACCACUAGAUAGGAAAAAUCACUUUGUAACACAAGAGUCACUACCUCUAGACAAUAAUAAUGAGGUUGCUUUUUCAAAGGGGAAUCUCAAUUCGUUUGCUGACAGUAGUCCACCAGAAAUAGGAUCAAAGAAUCACCAAGUUGAUGAUCAUCAUUUAGAAGCACCAUGUGUAUGCACACAAGUGUCGGGCUUGAAUCUAGAAGAGCAUAUGCCACUUAUCAGUGGGAAAAAGAUAGGUUUUUCUUCAUUUGAUCACAAAGAAGACUCUUCUGGUGCUGCCUCUGAAGUGCUAAAACCAGCUGAUAUGCUGAAAGGCCCAAAUCAGUCAAUUGCUGGAGCAAAAAUGCUAGACAACUACAUGGUAUUGGAAGACUGUUCUGAAACUUUUCAAGGGUCAAAUGAAAAUUAUGUACCACAUUUUAACAAGAUGGAUUCAGUAUUAACAACGAAACCCAGUGGGAACAGACAUGGAUCAAACCUAAUUAGGCCACCAGAAUUAAGCAACGAUGUGAUGAGUGCAAACAAUAAUGAAGAUAAUCUUUGUGGAGGCAGAGGUUCAGAAAUCAAAAGUAAUGAGCAGUGGAUCUCUCUAAAACUGCUGUUGUCCUGGUAUGGUAGGCCCCUGAAAGACUAUGAACUCUGGGCAUUAUGUCAUGAGUGUUUAUGUACUCUGCAGACUUGCAUAGAUUACCCAGUGGUCUUAUGUUUGGAGUCUGUGCUGAUUGACUGCCAUGGAAGGAUCCUCUUUGCUGCUCCUACAGCUGAAGAAUCUUGUGAUGUAUUUUAUUUAGCUCCUGAAAUUGAAGAAGAGGAUGUGGAUACUGAGAAGGUCUGUGUUUAUGGCGUUGCUGCAAUUCUGUGGAUGGCAGCAAAAUACAGUGUUCCACUGAGUCACAAAGUAGUAUUGCCAAGAAAAUUUAAAAAACUGCUUCUGGAUAUGGCAAGAAAAAACCCUGAAGAAAGACCUUCUCUAACUGCUGCAAUUAAGACAUGCAGUCAUUAUUUACUUGAACAAGAUAUAAACAGCAAAAAUAUUUUGACAUUAUUGGGUAAACCCAUCUUUAAGGCUGUUGAGGAAGAAGUCUUGGCUCAAGAUCGUGUCUCUUUUGAAUUUAAAAAUGAGAAAUAUGCAGUGGACCCUUCAGAAUCAAGUCUGGGAUUUGUGCCUUUUACCAGUGAAAGUAAACUUGUAGCAGUUAAAGGACCAGUGCCAUGCCAGAUUUCACUAAAUUGUGAGAAAGCAACGUUACCUGUUGCAUUCACCUCUCCUGCAACUCACUUUAAGCCUAUUAUUUUGCAACAAGAUGCAAACAUAACAAAAGAGGUUCAAACACCAGUUUCUGACCAAUUCAAAAAAGAGACAAGGAAAGAAAAACAUAUGAACAACAACAAAUCAGGGUAUAUAGAAGACUUCAAAAGCUGUGGUAUUGAGGAUACAGGUGUUAUUGAUACUGUUCCUGAAACACCUGAGUGUGACUUACAAGUUCCAAGCCACUCAUUCCAGAUGUCUUCAGAAGAGCAAAACUCAGGCAGUGUGUUUGCUUCUACAGUUACAUUACCAUCACCAUCUGAUUCCUCACAUGCUCUACAAGAGAAGAGCAUUUUAUCUGAAGAUCCCUCCAGCUCUUCAGCUUGUCCUACAUCUUCUAAUUUUCUUCAUAUAAAUAACAUCAUUCUCAAACAGAACUCAGAGAAGAGAGUUCUGACAUUUGUACCAGUACAUUUGGCUGUAUCAGAGCAAAUACCAAAUAAGCCUCUUCACUCAAGAAUUGCUUAUGAUUGCUAUCACAGUUUGCCAGUGCUACUUUCAAGUACUAUUGCAAGUUGUAAAAUGAGCAUGCAAGCAGGAAAUGAUGCCUCCCUUUGCAAUGUGCAGAGUGAUGAGACUACUAAUACAGAGAACCACUUUGAUAAAGGUAGCCCAGUUAUUCAAACUGACUGCCAAGAAACUGAGUGUGCUACCAGCAUAGACAGUUUUUUCACUGAACAAGAACACACACCAUCUACUUCAGUGAGUAGAGACAGUUACAGUUUCUUCAGUGAUGAAGUCCUGCCCCAUCAGAAUGCAACAAGUGACACUUCACUACAGGAAGUGAUUCAUCUUAUACAAGAGGAGUUUGCAUUUGAUGGUUAUUUAGAGAAUGGAGCUGAAGUCUUUGAUAUGGGCAACUUCAUUUUAAACUUAAAGGGAAUUAAGUUUGGUAUGUUCUCUGAUAGAAUUUGUGAGAAGUUUUGUGACCUCUACUGGGAUGAAAAGUUACUGGAGAAUCUCUAUCAGGUAGUAAAUGGAGGAAGAUCUUCACAUUUAUGCAUAACUGAGGCAGUUGAAGCAAAAUGCAACAAUAUAUUCCAAGAUGUGAAGAAAUCUGAAAGCUUUUUGGCAAGCAGUGAUCAGACAGAGGGAAAAGGGGAAGCAGACUUUAAUGUGAAGGCUGAGCCUAUGAUAAAAACAUCAUUAGCUGAAAUGGAUUUUGAUGAGUCACCUUUGGAUAAUACCAAAAAAGAAUUGACUCUGCAGAGUACAAUCCCCAUAGCAAAAGAGCAACAGUAUUUGCGAAGCAACAGCUCUGGUCCAGGUUUUGCAGAAGAAAAUACAAGUUCAGAGGAACAGGCCUUGAUAAAGACAGCUGGAAACAGCUACCUGGCAUCUCCCAAUCUACCUGACUUUUGUGGCUGUAGUCCUGGUUGGAGCAGUGCAUUUUAUGGAGCUGAAUGUUUUGAUUCAGAAGUUCAUAGUUACUUGAAAAACCUUGGAAAGCAGAAAUCAAGUGAGUCACAAAAUAUAGAUGCUAAAAAAGUGGAACUAGAACAAUUGCUAAUGAUGGAGACAAAAAAUUACAGAAAGACCAUAAAGUUUUACCAGAAACUAUUGCAGAAAGAAAGAAGAAGCAAAGGUCCUGAAACUAAAUCUAUGUUGCACAAACUGAGAGGACAGCUACAGGAGAUGAAAUCAAAAGUGCAGUUUCUUGAACUGGUAAAGAAAUACGUGCAGAUGAUGUAUGCAGAGCAGUGGGGUGUGGAAUCCUGUGUGCUGCCUACAGUCAUUCACAAUGGGAAAGGUGACACCAUGGACAUGGCACCUGUGGAUGAAUCAUCACUGCUGCUUUACUAUAACACAGAGAAACAGCAGUGUAACAAUCAAAAUGGAGUGAGAGUUCUGCAGGCCGGUACACCACUUGGUUUAAUGGCUUGUUUGUAUUCUAGAAAUGCCUUUUUAGAAGGUUAUGUACAGCAGUUUCUUUACACAUUUCGCUAUUUCUGCACACAAGAAGAAUUUUUGCAGUUUCUUCUUGAUAGAAUCAGCAGCACUUUAUCCAGUUCAAGCCUGGAUCCUUCCACAUCGCUUACCAAAAUAUGUAACCGCAGUUUCUGCAUCCUGCAGGCAUGGAUUGAAGACUGUUACAGUGUAGACUUUGCAACAAAUACUGAUCUUCUGGGUACCCUAAAAGAAUUUAUUUCUUCCAAGGUUGCCUCAUUAAAUGGCUACGGGGAGCGCUUGUUGUCGCUACUCGAGGAUGCCUCUGCCAGGAAAAGUGGCAGUGCUGAUCUGUGCUCUGGUGUGGACAAAUGCAAAGAGGAAAGUGAGGAAGGCAGAAAAACAUUACAUUCCCUAUGUAAAAAGCUCUCAGAAGAUGUUUCCAGAAAGAACUUCUACUGGAAGCUCUCCAAAGGUAUGGGACCAAUUGGCCAGUACCAGAGAGAACGACUGCACACAGGUUCAGCAGUUUUGCCAAAGCCCUGCUGCAGCAGUUUCACAGAGGAAUCCUCAGUCUCCUUAGCUAGAGCAGAUGAAGUGGGACCAGGUCUCUUGAUUGAGUGCAGUGCCCAGGAGCUUGGUUGGCAGCUGACACUACUGCAACAGGAAGUAUUUAAUAAAUGUCACCCAGUACACUUCCUAAAUUCCAGAGCACUUGGUGUUAAAGACAAAUGUGUUGCUGUGCCAAAGGCAGUUUCUGCUGAGACAGUUUCCCUUAAAGUCUGUAAUCUUUUUCUGUCAAAGUGCAUACAAGACCAGUACCUUCUGCAAUUAUUGAAAAACGCAGACAGUAUCAGCACUUGGGUUGCUGCUGAAAUUGUAACAUGUCACACAACUAAGCGGCAGGUGAGCUUGUUAUCAAAAUUUCUUCUUAUAGCAAAAUGCUGCUAUGAACAAAGAAAUUUUGCUACUGCAAUGCAAAUCCUAGCAGGCUUGGAAAAUCUUAUUGUACGACAGUUGCCAGCCUGGAAAAUUCUACCUGCAAAAGUAGCUGAGAUAAUGGAGGAGCUCAAGGCUGUUGAGGUGUUUUUAAAAAGUGACAGUUUAUGUCUGAUGGAAGGAGACAGAUUCAAAACUCUUCCAACAAUUCCAUCAGCCCAUGUUUUGGCUAUGCAUGUUCAACAACUUGAAACUGGAGGAUUCACAAUGACAAAUGGAGCUCACAAAUGGACUAAACUUAGAAAUAUUGCCAAAGUUGUGAGCCAAGUUCAUGCCUUUCAAGAGAAUCCUUAUACAUAUGCACCAGAUUUCAAGCUGCAGUCUUACCUCAGACAAAGAAUAACUCGUUUUAAAGAUGCAGACAUUUCUGCCUUGGCAGCUGACAACUGUGCCAACUUCCAUCAGAUACCAGCAGAAAAACAUUCUCGAAAAAUUCAGGACACACUGCGCAGGAUGAAAGCAACAUUUCAGUAA